ACGCCAGCCAUUCUGUGUGAUUUACUCGCUGUGACUGAUGCGGCCGUUUAUAGCAACAUCCCCGCUGAACCGUCGGCUCUGUCACACGGCUGUCAUGGCCCUCUCAGCCUCUGGAGACGUUUCUCUCCUCUGAUUUCUGUUCGCGGACGGAAAAUCCCCCGCACAGGAGCUGUCGAAGCGGCGGUGCGACGAAGCGCUGCUUCCCUCCCGGGUUGUUCGGCGGCAGGAGGAGGAUGGCCGUGCGCCGGACGGGCUCUGUCUGUCUGUCUGUCCUCGGUGGCCCAUUAAGAUUUUAAUUAGCCUGAUAAGACGCCGUUUGACAUUUACGACGGUCCGACGUGGGGGAGCGACCAUAAACGCACCGCUCCGAUUAUGGAAAAGGAGUGCAGGUUUAAAGACCUCUGAUCGUAUUGGCACCAGGGCCAGCCAGGUGGCCACUCAGCCGACAACCAGGUCCACUGAGAUCCACAGGGAGACCCUCGUACCAGACCUCCACUGCUCCCCUUCACCCUCAGCAUGUCUAUCCCCAGCGGCAGCCCAGAGAGAGAGGGCUCUGGUGGGACACCUCCUCAGCUCGAGUGCCCUUCUUCCCCUCCCGGCAUGGACGCAGACCCCCCGUCCACAGGCAGCCCGGUGCUCAGCCCGGAUUCUUCUUCCCACGAUGCAGUGCUGUCAGCACCGGCAGCCUCUCCAGCAGACUCUGAGAAUCUGAGUCCUGAUGAACUGGAGCUGCUGGCCAAACUGGAGGAGCAGAACAGGCUGCUGGAGGCUGAUUCCAAGUCCAUGCGGUCAAUGAGCGGCUCACGACGCAACAGCGGCUCCUCACUGGUGUCGAGCUCCUCGGCCUCCUCGAACCUGUCACACCUGGAGGAAGACACCUGGAUCUUAUGGGGACGCAUAGUCAACGAGUGGGAGGAGUGGAGACGCAAGAAGGACAAACUCCUGAAGGAGUUAAUCAGGAAGGGAAUCCCUCAUCAUUUCCGGGCCAUCGUCUGGCAGCUGCUGGGCAACGCUACCGACAUGCCAGUGAAGAACCAAUACUCUGAGCUGCUGAAGAUGUCCUCCCCCUGUGAGAAGCUCAUCCGCCGAGACAUCGCCCGCACCUACCCCGAGCACGAGUUCUUCAAAGGCCAGGACAGCCUGGGACAAGAAGUCCUCUUCAACGUCAUGAAGGCGUACUCUCUGGUGGAUCGAGAAGUGGGCUACUGCCAAGGCAGCGCGUUCAUCGUUGGCUUGCUUCUAAUGCAGAUGCCAGAGGAGGAGGCGUUUUGUGUUUUUGUGCGUCUGAUGCAGGAGUAUCGUCUGAGGGAACUGUUCAAACCCAGCAUGGCAGAGCUCGGCCUCUGCAUCUACCAGUUUGAAUAUCUGCUACAGGAGCAGCUUCCAGAGCUGAAUGUCCAUUUCCGCUCCCAGAGUUUCCACACAUCGAUGUACGCCUCGUCCUGGUUCCUCACCCUUUUUCUCACCUUCCUCCCUCUGCCUGUCGCCACACGCAUCUUUGAUAUUUUCAUGUAUGAGGGCCUAGAGAUUAUCUUCCGUGUGGGUUUGGCCAUCCUGCAGUACAACCAGACUGACCUCAUUCAGCUGGACAUGGAGGGCAUGUCGCAGCAUUUCCAGAAGGUGAUCCCCCACCAGUUUGACAGCUGUCCAGACAAGCUGAUCCUCAGGGCCUACCAGGUCAAAUACAACCCCAAGAGGAUGAAGAAGCUUGAGAAGGAAUACACCACAAUCAAGAACAAAGAAAUGGAGGAACAGAUUGAGAUUAAGAGGUUACGCACAGAAAACAGACUGCUGAAGCAAAGGAUUGAGACGCUGGAGAAGGAGAGUGCUGCUCUGGCAGACAGACUGAUCCAGGGUCAGGUGACGAGGGCGCAGGAAGCCGAGGAGAACUACGUGAUCAAGCGGGAGCUGGCGGUGGUGAGGCAGCAGUGCAGCACGGCCAGCGAGAGCCUGGAGAAAGCCCAGGACACCAUCCGAGAGCUGCAGCAGCAGAAGUACACGGAGCCGUUUGUGAGCAACCUGCAGACCCAGCUGGAGCAGUCGAGGCUUCGUGAGGCCGAGCUGCUCGGAGCGCUGAAGGAAAUGCAAGACAAAGUGCUCGACCUGGAGAAGAGGAGCAGUUGCCUGCCGGAUGAGAACAACCUGGCAGCCCUGCAGGAAGAGGUGAAGCAGAUGAAGCUGAGGGAGCUGGAGACGCUGCGCUCAUUCAGAGAGAUGCAAGACACUGUCACUGAGCUGAACCAGCGCUGGCAGCAUCAUAUGUCCCGCGGCAGCAGCACCGGUGGAGGCGGCGGACACUGGAAGGAAUCCCCGAAGAAGAACGCCAUGAACGAGCUGCAGGACAAACUGAUGACUGUCAGACUGAGGGAGGCUCAGGCUCAGGCUGAACUCCGAGAGGUCAAACUCAAAGCUCUGCAGCUGGAGAGUCAGAACCAGAUCCACAGCAAACUGAUUGGACGCAAUGAGCAGGAACGCUCCGCCCUGCAGGACCGACUACAGAUGCUGGCCAAUCAGAACAAAGCUCUGCAGGCCCAACUCAACGAGAUGAAAAGGAAGCAGGCCGAGUCCGACUGCAAGAGUAAGGAGGAGGUGAUGGCAGUGCGACUGAGGGAAGCGGACAGUAUGGCUGCCAUGGCUGAACUCAGGCAGAAGAUCGCUGAACUCGAGAUACAGAAGGAGGAAGGGCUGAUCCAGGGCCAGCUGAACCACUCAGACUCCAGACAGUACAUCAACCAGCUCCGGGACCAGAUCACUGAGCUCAAGAACGAGGUCAGGCUGUUGCGUGGGCAGAAAGCAGCCCCCAGCUCCAGGGUCAGUGUUGGUGGAGGAACUACCAACUACCAGGAUCUCUGCCUGGCCAGCCCUGCCUCCGCUGAGGGGGACUACCUCAGUUCAGACGAGGACCUCCUCCCCAGCCCACUGCCUGCCACAGCCCUCUACCCCAGCUUGUCCGGCCCGUGUCACCCGUCUGCCCGCCUCGACAGUGAAGGCAGCACAGACAGCGAGGCAGAGGAGCGAGUUCAGACACAUCCGGACCCACAGCAGCUAUACGGCAGCAUGGUGUGUGCUGAGGCGCUGGAUAACUGAGACCUGGAGAGGGGUGCAGUGAUUUCUUUGGAUUUCUUUGACCUAAAGAGAUACUGGAGCUCUACUGGACAAACUGCUACAGUAAACUGGGAUUGUACCAUCCAUCCCGGUCGUCCUCCUCCUCGGCUUUUCCAGUGUUUACCUUUUACUUGAUGCAGACAUAGUGGCAUUGAUUGGACCUCUUCUGGUCAUCACUACCUGUUGUCUCCGCUCCUGUUGCCGUCUCCACCACCUUGUUGCCCAAUCCUGUGUUCACUGACAAGGAGGUAAUGUAAAGCCUCUCUCCUCGUUCCCACGUGUAAUUGAAACUGUCCAUUGAGAUGCAUAUCCAUCUAAACAUGAACACAUGACAUGCAUACAAACAAAACAUACUGAAAAGCUGGACCAGCACGACUGUUGCUGCUCGAGAUCUACCACUGGACCUGAAUCUGUGGCGAGGAGUGACUGAUGGGUAAACGGACAGAAAAUAAUUCCUCCCUCUCCCUGUAAACUGAAUAAUAGACACUUGACACACUGUGUACUCUGUCUGACCUUAUAUUACUCUCCUUCCUGAUUGGUUCAGAAUUAAAUCCAUCCUCAUGCUCCCUUUACUCCUUUUUACGCCUCUCAUAAGGAAGCCUCACAUCCAUCUUCACUGCCUUCAGAAAAAAAACUUCUAUCAGCCGUAUGUUCACCUCUGUGUAGACCAAGUGUUAAAAAGAACAUUCAAUGACCUUGACGAGAACACACACAUCAGUACCAGACUGGUAGGGAUAUCACAGGAUGGCAUUCAUAAGUGAAUCAUUAACAUAGUGAAUAUUAGUGUUUUGUGUGGUUAGCAGAAGAAAAGAGGGCAAGCAAGUUUGUGAAAACUUUUUCACAAUAACCCACGAAAAAGGAAGGAAGAAACUCAAUGUUGCCAAAUCUUUAGUUUUGUUUUUUUAAUUAUUUAUGUGUUGUAAUUUAUUUUGAUAUUUUUUCAUUUUUUAUAUGAAACUGUAGGAGUGUAGAGAUACCGACAGAGGCCAAACUUUCUGCACCGUCCUUUGUGCCAACUUGUCUGUCACAAGUUUACUGUGAUACUGAGUGUUUGAGAGACAGAAAAUGUGCUGCUAUGAUUUUGGAUUUAUUCCUUUCAUUUUUUUUUUUUUUACAGUUUUAUUUUACUUUGUUCAACCUGACAGGAGCUCCGCUAUACUUUAACAGUUACUGUGCAGAGCAAUCGCAUCUAAAAAAAAAAAACCUGAAUAGUUUAGCCUCCUCUCUGGAGCUGCUCAACUUUUAGUAAUGAUGGGAACAGUUUCCUUCAAAAACAAACACUAUUAUGUGUGACCCAAUAGGAAUAGUUUGACAUUUUGACAAAUGCUGUCUCACUGAAAUUGACAUGAGAAGAUUGACACCACUCCAAUGUCUCGCUGAGGCCUUUAGCGUUCUGUGCUGCUUUGUCAUCUGUUUUACUAUAAAUGGGACCAUAAUUUACAAAAUGAACACCAUACUGUGUUAAAGACUUGAAAGUAGCAAGUGACACCAUAAAUACAUUAGAACGGUUACUGAGGUAACAAAUCAUAUGCAAAGUAGGGUCAUUUUCUCAUAGAUUUCUAUACAUUCUGACGUCAGAGGAGUCGCCCCCUGCUGGCUGUUAGAAAGAAUGCAGCAUAUGCACUGACUAUAUUUUUCAAUCCAGGAGGCUAUAUUUAUCUUUUAUAUAAGCCCAACUUGUUUUCACACUUUAAGAUUAAAGCAAGACUAUGUAGCUUUUACUGAACAAAGGCCAUCAGUGCUAUGAUGGUAAUGUCUCAAACAUUGUGCAACAUUAGCACAAGUAGAAAAGUGUCAUAAAAUCAGUAAAUUGAAUUAGUAAUGUUAACUACAUAGCAAUAUUUUGCUAAUGUAACACUCCUGAGAUGUAGUACAGCUUUUUAAUUAAACUUUGAAUUAGUAAAUAGAAGAAUUUCGUCUUUCAUAGUUUUUUUUUUUUUUUAACAGCUUUAAACAGAUCAGAUAUAAAUUUAAAUGUGAGUUUUGUGCGUGCUGGUGGAUUGAUUUUUGGACAGAGCCAGACUACCGGUUUUCUCUUUCUUCUAGUCUUCAUGCUAAGCUAACCCAGCUCCAAGAUACAGCUUCAUAUUUAACAGACAAACAUGUGGGUGGUGUCAGUCCUCUCUUCAAACUGUUCCUUUAAUUGUCAGUGUCCGGUAAAGACAAACAAACAAAAAAAAACAAAAAAAUCCAGGUAAAGGUGUUGAUCUGGAAUCAACAGUUUAUGUGAUUGCCUCAUUUCCUGACAGCUAAAUCUGUGGGCCAACGAGAGGGGGCGGUGGUAGUUUCAUUUUCUAAGGGUGCUGACAAAAGGCUGUCGUCAUGGCUGGAGAGUGUGCGGAUGGAAAUAUUUUACAUAUCAAACGUUAAUAUAUUCUGUUUAGAAAAAGGUUGUAAAAUGUAUGGAGAAAUAUGAAAUAUACCGUUUUGACAGUUACAAAAGUAUAUAGAGGAUAUUUAAAGCUGUAUCACUGUCGGCCAAGUCAGAGGGUUUAUCAAACAGGGUAUCAUAUGUACAGAGCAGUGAUCUUUGCCGUUUGCACUACAGAGGAAGGCAAACUCUCCACUCAUGACAUUAAGCUGUGAGAGAUGGUGUGGAUUAGUAGAUUCAUGGUGGGAUCAUUUCUUAUGAUUUUCAUCACUUCAGAGAGACUUUCAAGUUAUACAUCCUGACUUUGUAUCGUGCUUCAUUAAUCGCCAGUCAGAUUUUCUCUAAUUUCGAGCUCCUUUUUCCUUCACAGUGCUAACAUAUUCUGUGCAAUGCAAAUGACACAAUUACAAAGCACAGCAUUAUCGCCAUCUCCUGAGAAAUAACGACACUGGAUCUUCCAGUAAUGGCCAUCAAAAAGCUAAAGAGGAUGUUGGUUUGCCCACUAUACUGUUGCACAUAACAGCUUUUUAGUGGGGGAUGUAGCAACUAAAAUCUCUUCGCUGAAAUCAGUGUUUGGAUAUCGUCAGGCCAAAUGACGGUUGUGCAAAUGUUUCCUUCGAGUUCUCAGUGCAGAGUGUAGUUUGGCUUCAGCUCUGUUGAACAUGAGAUCUAGAUGUGUUUACUUUAAAUCAUAUCUGGCUGAAUUUCAUACUUAAAGUUAUAAUCCUGAAGAUUUUUCAUCAUAUCAGACCCCAUUUGUGAUCAUAUUUGUGUUUUUUGAUGCAUUUAUGUAAUGCAGUCGCCUCUCUGUAUGGAAGUUUUAAAUGUUACUGGUAGAGAUGAGCCAGGAUGCAGCAGACAUGAAAUCAGUACUGAAUUUUGUGACUUGGAAGAAUAAUUGUAGCACAGAUGUUUGUGGAUCCGUAAGAUGACCAUUAUGUCUCAAAUUAAUACACAAAACAAAUGUAAAUGCCAUAUUUCCAAACUUUUUAACUUGAGCUCUCUAAUUACACCUCUUGAGCAGUGGUUUAAUUAAACAGCAAAAUGACUGGAAACUGACAUGAUUUGCAAAAUCUUGAUGACUUUCUAGAGAUUUUCCUAAAUUUUGCGCCAUAUUUAAAUAAAUUUGACUGUCUUCAUUAAAACACUGAUGCAAUGCAUAUUUUACUGGCUCUGUUAACAUACAACCAAACUCUCGGAGCUGCAUUAUUAAAGUUAACUUCCCACCAGUAACUCCCAGAUGUUGCCAAAUCCACCGUGACUUAAAUCUUAAGGAUCGUAACUUCAAAAUUUCUGUCUGAAUUACAUCCAAAAUCACAUAAAGUAAUUGUAGGAAGCUUCCGUUCGCAGUAGUUUCCUCUCUGACUUUCAUCUAGAUCCAUGUCAGUGUCCUUCCACAUAUUAACUCGUGUACAGCUGUUCAGUGAUGGUGCUCUGUUCUCACCACUGUCUCAAUACAACUCUAUCUACUGUGACGAAACAUUUUGAUAUGUUUGUAAAUUAGUUUUGAAUAUAGUAAUCGCCUUCAUCCUUAGUAUUAUUUUUAUAUUAAACAUCAGUACUUUGGUUCCUCCUGCUAACAGCAUUACAUGAGAUGAUUAAACAUCCUAAUGUGCCAUAAAAACGGAGAUUUACACAGUAUGCCGAAUGACUUCAUCUAAGUUUCAUCGACAAGUUAGUCGCUUCAUUAAACAGCCAUGUGAUAUGAAGUGAAUUUUUACGUGAAAUACGAUCACACUGUGUUACUCCGGAUUUAUCAACAUAAAACUGCAACACCCACCACGUGUUUCCCCUGAUUUAAAGUAGGAACUUAAACAAUACAGUAAAAAACAGAGUUUUUUUCCAUUUUAGAUCCGAUGGAGGAUUUCUCAGACUUACGUACUGUAUAUCCACAGCAUCAUACCCAGGAGCCUCAUCCACCCUCUCUUCCUCUUGCAGUUCAGCUGAUGUUGUCAAAUAUAUUAAAUAACAGUAAAAAUUAUAUUAAUUCCUGUAUGAUGGGGAAAAAAUACAUUUCAGUGUUCUGUAUCCUAUGAAUGAUACAAAUAAACUUUGACAUUGCACCUUUGCAAAGGCCUCA